GCAUAUACUUAUUUCGUUGCGCAUUUCGAGUGUAGAAACGCCUACUAAACCAGAAGUCGUGAACUUCUAUUGAAAUUAAUACGGGACACAAUCUCGGCAUAAUUGUGGUUUGGAUUUGAAGAACAAUAGUGUUAAUUAAGCAAGGUUGUAACAAGGCUUAUCAUUUGGAUAUUGUGUAAUAUGUCAGUGUGACAUUAAUUUUAAUUUGUAGUUUCUUCGUAUCAGUACAAACCAAUUUACUUCCUUGUAACAAAAUAAACAGACGUGGCUGAAUGAACAUAUAUUUGAUAUAGUUCGUGAAUCUUUUUAAACUCAAGAGAGAAAAUGUAAUCUAAUUUUGAAUCAUCAAUAUCUUCCCAUAGAUGGUGUUAAGGUUCGAGAGGAACUAGACCUCAGUGUUAUUGUUCGUGGAAAUGGGUCAAUUCGCUAUAAAAUAAACAGGAAAUGUACUUCCUACAACUAUUCGGCCAUCUCCGGUAAGCUCGGAAUAGACAAUCGUUACAACUCGGCAGUCUUCGGCAAACUCGGGAUCGUGGGAAGGCCCACUUAACUAUUCGAAAAGUUGACACAGGAAUUAAUUACGACACAUUUAAAAACAUUUUUGUGUUUGAAAAGUUAUUGAAAAUUUAGCACGGUUUUACUACGCUUAUCAGUGUGAUAUCGUGUUUUAUGCCAGUGUUAAGUUGAUCGAAAUAUUGGUUUUCUUCGUAUCAGCUCAGUGCAAAAUAAUUAACUUCCUAGUUACAAAAUAAACAGAAACUGACUGUUUGAACUAGUUUGUGAGUCAUUUUUAAUCACAAAAGUGAAAAUGGCAUCUAAUUUUGAAUCAUCCAUUCAGAGGGGCUGUGACUUCAUCCAUGAUUUUUCCUGCUCGCCUUGUGAAGAGAACGGAUUUAACACAGAAGCUCACCAUUAUUGUACUCAAUGCACAAAAUAUUACUGCCAAAACUGCGUUUCAAAACAUAACGGAUUAUAUCAGAAGCACGCGGUACUCGGACGGAAGGACGUGAAUAAAUGGGAGGCAGCCCCAGGGGUGGUGGACGACUUGGAGAGAUGCGGGAAGCAUCCCGCGGAGGCACUGAAGCUGGUAUGUGGUGACCAUGACCGGCUGUGCUGUCAUGUGUGCGUCGCCGUGGACCACAGACAAUGCUCCAAAAUCCAUCCCAUUCCAGAUGUAGCAAAAGGUAUUCAGAGAAAUAUUGAGUUUCAACAAAUUCCAAAGAAGAUAGCUGAACUUGAAAAGCAAUUCGGGCUGAUGAAAGAAGCAAGAAUAAAAAAUACGACAUCUCUGAAAAAGACGCGGACAGCCAUUUCUGAUGAAAUUAAAACCAUACGUAAAACGAUCAACGAAAUUCUUGAUAAGAUUGAGAAGGCAACUUUACAGGACUUGGACGGAAUGAUAGCUAAACUUGAAAAUAAUAUAAAGAAAGAUAUCGAAACUUGUGAUAAAAAGACUAUCGAACUGCAAAACAUGAUUGCCGCUUUUCAAACCAAAGCAAAAUCAAGCGAGUCAAAAUCAUAUAUUGCGUACAGAAAGAGCCAGGAUAUGAUGUCACAAGCAAACGAUCAACUUCGUGGCAUAUCAGUCAUUGCGUGUUACAAUGUAACAUUUCAAGCCAAUAACCUUAUAGAAGAACUUUUAUUUGCAGUAAAGACGUUUGGAACGAAUGAAGAACAAACUGUUAUGACCAAACAGCGAGAAGAUCCCCUUUCCGAUUCAAACCACGUCUUCAGUGUUGCAGAGUACAAGGAGUACAACGUGAAGAUGAGUGAUGACAAAGGUGAAUGUGAUAUCCUUGGCGUAUGUGAAUUGCCUAGUGGAGAGUUUGUCAUAGUAGACUAUGACAAGUGUAAAGUGAAGCUACUGGACAAGGAGUACAGGGUGCUCGACCACUGUGAUGUCCCGGGGGAGCCAUGGGACGUGUGUCACAUUCACGGAAAUGAAGUGGCCGUUUGUGUUGUCAGUGGUACUAAAGAUAAACGAGGACUUCAUUUCAUUAAUGCUAUGAAAGGGAAAUUCGUUAAUACGAGGAAGUUAAGCUUCACCCAUGAAUGUAUUGCCGCAGCUCAUCAUGGUGGCCAGCUUUACAUCUCCUCCUGGAACGCCCUGUACGUCUACACGAUGUCGGGACAGAAGGUGAAGAUGCUGUACAAGGACAUGUCUGGGGGUUUAACGGUGGAGAAAUGUGCCAUCAGUAACGACGGGAAGACAAUCUACAUCACAAACUACGAUGCACAUCAACUGAUCACCCUAGACAACAACGGCAACAAACUGGCCUUACUCACUGACCCUGACAUGAAACAUCCUACCGGUGUACACGUGACACCUGCUGGACACGUGUUCGUCUGCUGCUGCGGCUCCGAUACAGUGCUGCAGGUUGAAAAAGACGGGAAGAAGAAGUUGGCCACCCUGGCAAGGAAAGAAGACGGACUGCACGCACCCGGGGAUUUAUUUAUCAGCAGCCGCAGUUCUUCUUUGAUUGUCGUUGGAGAGAAAGACACACUUCUUGUUGUUAAGUUAAUUUAAUACAAUGAAAUAUCAAUGUUUGAUUUGUUACUAUCGAACUGGGAUCUUCCUUAUUGUUCCAAAGUACACUGCAGUAUUGUCAUAUAUAAAUGUUUUGUUUAGACAAUUUGCUACAAGUAAGAUGAUAUUAAUCCAAAACCAUCUUCUGAAUGCGUAUAUUUUAUCAAAUUUGUGAUUAACUUUAUCUGACACAAACCAUUUGUAACAUUAUAUUCCAUUAGAUGAAUGUUACUGUAUAUAUAUGUCCAUUAACGACCAUAUCAGUGUAUUGAUAACGAAGCAA